AUGCUGUACGGUAGUGCUGACACUGUACAAUACUCUACUGUCGGGAAUACAGAUAGCUUUACACUAUCUGGUACUGUACAGGUGCAGUCUACAGUUUCGCGUGCCCAAAGUCCAUUUCAAGCACUCGCGACUCCCACAAAUCCUCGUCCCUCCUCACCUCCGGGUGUCAGGAUCUCAACACGCCUCAAUCUCCUGCCCGACCUUCACGCUGCCCCUCCGCAUCAACGCUGCGACCCCAUUGCCUCCACCAUGAGGUACGCCCACAUGGUCAGGAAGUAUGAGGCCGCCUCCACGUACGACAGCGCCCCCCCACCCCGCAAGUUUGCACUCUCCAAGCACGCCACUACCGUCGUCCUCGACUUGCGCAACUUUCUGCGCUCCAUCCUGGGUCCUCGUCUCGUCCUUGUCCUCAUUGCCUUCCCCUUCAUUCUAGCUCUCUUCAUUCUUUUUAUCCGUGGCACCACCCAUAGAAAGCUCAUUCGCGAGGCCGCCGUCCCGGGCUGGGAGAAAUAUGGAUACGAUCAAAUUCGCGCCGGCGAAUCGAAAAAUUCUAUCUUCCGGACCGCCAUUCGUCUCGAAUCAUACCUCAACGUCCUCCAAAAACGCCGCAGCUUUAAAGUCAAUUCCCGCACCAGCAUCUCCUUGGUCGCCGCGUGCAAAAACCAAAAAAAAAGUCUCACCGUAGCUCUCCCAGCCUGGGAAGCCGUCAAGGAGAUUGAUGAAAUCGUCCUCGUCGACUGGGGCUCCACCUCGGACCAGUGGGAUGACAUACCCCUGCUUGACACACUCAUCCGCACAGGCCGCCUCUCUUUCAUCCGCAUUCCCGACGCGGGUGACUGGGUCCUAUCGCGUGCGUACAAUCUCGCUGCAAGAUUUGUCACUAGCAAGCACAUUCUCCGCGUCGAUUGCGACACAUAUGUCAAUCCCCACUUUGUCGAAAACCACCCUCGACCAGGGCGAAGAGAGUUUUACACUAUCGCGUCUGGCACCGAACGCAAUGAGAAUGACCGCAAGUUGCAAGGCGUCUGGUUUGCCAGAACGGAUAAUUUCUUGAAAGUUGGAGGCUAUGACGAGCGCAUCACCGAGUAUGGGUAUGAGGAUCUAGAUUUGUACGACCGUUUUCAUAGAGUUGCCAAACUUGAGCAAAAGGGUAUCAAUUUGGACAUGCUUAAGCAUAGCAUUAUAGGACAUUUGCUGUGGGAGAAGGAGCGGUCACACAAAAUAUCGACUCGCAUGAAUGAGGCCAUCGCCAAAAUCGCUGUGCCCUGGCUUUCUAUUUAUAAAGCGAGCCGUGGCAUGGAUUACUCCUAUUCGUACUCUGACAAGCAUCUUGAUGUCUACGCUCAUAUCAAAAGGACACCUGCGGACCCACUCAGCAAUAAGUCGGAAAAAGAAAGAGAGGAGCUCAAACGCGAUGUUCUUCAAAAAGCAUUGCACGAUGAUUACAACAUUCCUUGGGACAUCCUACCAUCCUUUACUGACGAUGACCUCGAGUUCCUCGCCACAUAUUUUGACGAUCGAACUAGCAAGCACAUCGUUAUCGUUUGCCUGGAUGGUGUGGAUACGGUUUCAAAUGUCUUUAACCUCGUUUCUGCUGUUCAGCUUGGGCUAGCUUCAGGACGUCCAAUAAUUGCUAUCUGGCGUGGUCCAAAUGGCAGUGAAAUAGACCAGACUGACGGGGCCGCUGUCGGUCAGCUUUUCGAUUUGGCAGCCACCAACGAAUUAAUUUCACAAGCUGCCGACUCGCGCGUCGCUACAAAGUAUUCGCUGCUCGAGACGACGAGGCUCAUUGCUGCUAAGGAAUGGCCCUGUAUCGAAUCAUUUGACGUUUGCGCUGAAAAGUACGACAAUGCUUUUAGUACUCUCUCUGAGAUUGUCACAAUUCGGAGACAUGUCUACGACGAGGUGGAAGCAGUGCCAUUGAACAUCCUCAAAAACGGGUUUCUGAGAUUGACAAAUAUGACCAAGAUUGGCAACGAGGAAACGCGGGCGUUAGCAUACAAGUCACUGGUACAGUCUCCCAUUGUGCGGGAUCAGCAAGCAACUUUCUCGUCGGAGGCAGCGGUUGGUGUAAUUGCUGAGACGGAUACGGGAAUUAAGCAACUGGCGGCGAAUGCUCGGGCGAAGCACAGGAAAGCGUUUGCUCCUGGGAAUAAGGAGGAAGUUCCAAUUGUCGGGGCAAUGCAUCAUGCCAUGCGGCGGGAGCUGAGUCGAGGAAAGAAGAGUAAUGAAGGGUACUGCGAGGACGAGACGUGCAGUGUGGAAGAAGUAGCAAAAGAGGUGGCAAAUGUUUUAUCAAUAUGCAAUGCGAAAGAGCUGUUUCCACCAGUUAAAGCAGCGAAGAGGGAGGACUGGAUGACAAGAGGAGAUGUGAUCAGCAUGAUGUGUUACUACACUCGGGGGUUAUUAUAUAUCGCAAAUUAGAAGCAGAGGGAGUUACGGAAACCGAGGUGUUAUCGCACGGGUGUGAGUGAUAACGGGAGAUAAUCAGUCCGGAGUCGUAGACAUGUUAGGGGCUGGUUGGAACAUGGCAUAGAAGUCUGUGAAUCACUGACCGCAGAAGAUGCCCUGAUGGAAUUGGACAUCUACGAUAGCGUCAGAUGAUGAAGAGAGUCGAUGGAAUAAAGUUGUGGUCGGGAACAAAA